AUACUGUUGAACACCAGCAGAGAUUGCGAGGCAGGCAGGCAGGCAGGUUGGCAGCAGCAGCGUGGCGGAACGUCGUCGUCUUCGUUGUCAGUGAGAGAAAGAAACUCGAGAAUAGUUUGCUCAAACCUGCUGAACCAUCCAUCCAGUGUGGUGCAAAUUUAACCUACUGCACAAUCGACAAUCUUCGGUCACAGUAGUGCGUUCAUUGUCGAGCUGGUCGUGUCGCGUGCGUGUUCUUCUAUUGCUAAUUAGUUUUCUUAGCAAGGUGCGAUCGAAUUUUGCUGCCCACUGCCUGGCCUCCUUGGAUAAAUCAGGGGGUUGCGUUUCCGUGAGAACCAGCGAAAAGGUGAAAAUUAGUUCAUUGUUUUCAUCGCAGUUGCAUCGGGCGGUGGUGGUGAAGCUUGUGUGCCCAGUCAAAGCCUGCUUGGAUUCCAGGGGCGUGCUGAUCGAAGUAAGGAGGUGAAAAAGACGAACGUAUAUCAGCAGAAGCACCAGCGCAGCAGCAUCAGCAGCCUCCCGUGAAAGGAGGAUGAGCAAUUCGAUAACCAACAGAAGGACCUGACAGUGUUGCAAAUCAAGCCCCUUUGUCGUCAGCUGGUUAACUCGGUUAACUCUCUCUAGUAGUGUAGAGGCAUUUCGAAGGGGGAAUUGCACAGAGUGCACGAGAUAUUCAUCUUACGCUGCAAAAUGACGUGACGCGUGUGAUGACGACGGAGAUGAUAGGUGAAGAUGUGCCAUAUUUGAGUGUCGAGAGAAAUCGCAUGAAAACAGAUCGUCGAUUAGGUAGGGUGCCAUGGCAGAGUAGUGGGAAACGAAAAGUUUUGUUUUAGGUUUUGGUGUCACUCGGUGGACGGGCUGCACAAAGUAGGCGACCUGUGUUGUUCUGUUAUUUGGUCGGUUCCAAAGUUGCUGGGACUGGAAACAACUAGAAACUGCGGCGCGGACGUUGUCGGUACUCACAUAAAUAGCGUUGCCAAAAGUGUCCGGAAGUGUUACGGUAGAACGUCUGUAAGUAAGUGAAGUCAAUAAGCCUACUUAGACCAGCAGCAGUGUGAUUAUGUGUGUUUGUUCGGUUCGUGAUUUUUGCACGCGGUACUCUUAGUCCGAGAUGGCCAUAAAUGUUAAACAGCCUUGUUCUGCGAAAUUGUAAGCUGAAAUUACGUCAGAUAUUGAAGAAUCGUUUUCUUGAGAAAGUGCAAAAGCACUUCUUUAGUGAUUCAGCGGAUUGCGACGGAAUCGAAGGUGAAUCCCAUUUUUUGCAUGGGCUUGAUUGUGUAGUGGUAAAGAUACUAUGUGUUUGGGUGUCGCUUCUUCCUUGGCUACUGGUGCUUGUUGGCAGUGACAACGACGACGAAUGAUUCUUCGAGAAUUAUUGCUGCCUUUGUUCUGCACUGGACACAUUUAUCGCAUCCCAAGUUUGCGUGGAUCGUCCGAAGGCCCUGCACGUUGAAAUCCAGAAGGGCUCCAAUCUUCACCACCGUGACCGACCGACAAGCAACAAUCACACCAGUUCAGUAGUUAGUUUACUUAACGACAAAUUAGUUUAUUUUCGUACGUACGUUUAGUGUGUAGUGUCGCGUAGGUUCGCUGAGCGAACUGAUUAUACCUAGUAAAUAUAUAUAGUUUUAACUAAGUAGCCACCCGACAACCAGAUAACCAAUCUGCAAAAAUGGCCAAAUUCAGCGGAAAGAAGUGCCGCCUGCUCACUGUGAUGACCCUGACGGUGUUCUUCUUCUUCGUCGAAAUCGUCGUCGGAUAUCUCACCAACUCGAUGGCCCUGGUGGCCGACAGUUUUCACAUGCUGGGUGACAUUGCCGCCCUUGUGAUCUCCUUCCUAUCAAUUAAGAUGUCACCAAAGAAAUGGUCCAAAAACACGUUCGGCUGGGCCAGAGCGGAAGUGCUUGGAGCGCUGGUCAAUGCAGUAUUCCUGGUAGCGCUUUGCUUUAGCAUAACGAUAGAAGCCUGUAAACGAUUUAUUGAAGUGGAACACAUACACGAACCGGAGCUGCUGAUCUGGGUUGGUGUCCUCGGACUGCUAGUCAACCUAUUGGGACUAUGCUUGCUGCACAAACACGGAGGCGGGCACAUGCACUCGCACGGUGGAAUGUCCCAUCAGCAUGGCCUGGGUUCCCACAACAAUCUGACCCAUGUGGCCAACUCGGACGACAAUGAGAAUAAAUCAUUCAUGUAUCAGAAUGGCAAUCCUCCACCGAAAAAGACUUCCCACCAUGGUCACUCGCACGACUCAUCCCAGAUGAAUAUGCGAGGCGCAUUCCUGCACGUGCUCAGCGACGCUCUCGGCAGCGUGAUUGUGAUAAUCAGUGCGCUGGUCGUCCGCUUCACCGAAUGGGAGUACAAGCUGUACAUGGACCCGGCCCUGUCCAUCCUGUUGGUAGUGCUUAUCCUGAACUCGGUGUGGCCACUUCUACGAGAAUCGGCGCUCAUUCUGCUGCAAACCGUGCCGACCCACAUCCAGGUCGAUGCCAUCCAGCGGCGCCUGCUGGAAAAGGUGGACGGUGUGCUGGCGGUGCACGAGUUCCACGUGUGGCAGCUGGCCGGCGAUAGGAUUAUCGCAUCCGCUCACAUCCGCUGCCGGAACCUGUCCGAGUACAUGAAGAUCGCCGAGAAGGUGAAGGAGUUUUUCCACAACGAAGGCAUCCACUCGACCACGAUCCAGCCGGAGUUUGUCGAAAUUGAAGCACUGAACAGCUAUUCGGGAUCCGAUGGAAUCUCGACCAGCUUGAACGGCAGUGCCACACAGGACUGCUGUGCUCUAGACUGCCCAACUACUGACGAAAGUAAUUGUAUCAAAGCCACAUGCUGCCAAAACAACAAUACCGUUAAGAACCAACCAUCUUCACCAGCACCUUCACCAUAUUUGUGUCGCCAAAGAAAUACCAGAACCGGGGAUGAUGUCGAAUCAGGUUCCCUAUUGGACCAAGCCAAUCAGACAUCUGGCUCGGUAGACGUGGACGGAAACGGCAUGCCAAAGCUGACGGUCUGACAGGCGACGACCGAAGAUAUUCAGCAUCCAUCUCGUACUUUUCCCCGUUCUGCUUCGCCUUCCCUGUCCUACCGUUGUCCCCCGAAACCGUUAUUGUCGUCGUUGUCAUCGUACUCUGGUACGCCGUACCAGGCUAAUCAACAGCGUCCCUCGUUGUCAUUGUCGUCGGUGUCUUUUGUGAAGAGAACCAGCAGUAGUGCUUCGUGCAAACAACCCUUUUCCCCACUCGCAGGCUGUGAUGGUCGACGUAAUAUAUUUAACCUAAGCUCUAGUAACCUUAAUGCCGGAGACGGCGGCGGGCCUGUUCAUGGUGGCCAUUCCGUCGUCGUUAGUAGUGCUAAUUUUAGUGGUAUCAAUACCGGCGUUGACGGCAGUUUGUCCAAAGGACGGCAUUUCAGCUUACAGGCGGCCUCCAGUAGUUUGUUGGAGAGCUACGUUAACGGUUCCGAUUCACCCCUGCGGAAUCUGUACUGUCAGUGUAAGCACCAUGCCGCAGAGUAAAACAGGCACACUUUUACACAUACUGAACAACAGUGACCGUUCGAUAGUUGCAACCAUGUUGAUUACCUCGCUGGUAACGUGUUUCGUUCGCUUUUUGCAAUUUUGCAGGACAAUAUGACAUUCAUUUGAGAUACAUCGGACUUGUAGGGCAAGAACACAACCUUUUACUUGGCUUUCGCCCCCUCCUUUAAAAAAAUCAUUUUGGCCCUUCAUACAUUAAUAUGCUGAUGAAUUUUUUGAUGCUCUGAAUGAUCGGCAUUCAUCGUACUAGAUGGACUGGACAGCUGUCGUACUAAAAUGAAUGGCGCACUUGCACAAUCGUCAAUCUUACAAAGUCAACAAAUUCUCUAAGAGGUUAGAGGUAAAUUCUUUGUAUUGCCGAAAAAAAUAAGACUUUACCCUAUCCACACCAGUGCGUUGCAAUCAGCGAACGGGAAUACAAAAUGCGUUGACGACACUAUAAGUAAAAUCGAAUGUUCACUGUUCCGAUAGAAUUAAUUAGUAUUUUUGUCAGACAUAGGAACAACAAAUUUAAACGAAAUAGACUCGAGUGUGAGUAGGUUGAGUUUAUAUGCAAGGGAGACCUUUUGUGAGUUUUGUAUUGAGUUCUUAUGUUGGAUUUUUUACUCUUGUGAACAAACAAAUAGAACUAGUUUGUUGGUAGAUAACAAAGAAGAUUUUUAUAUGAUAAAUAAACAAAGUAUUUUAUGUCCUAGUACAAUUGAUACUGAAAUUCUAAGAGAAUACGUUGACGUGCAAUCGUUUA